UCCACCACGUACCCUAGCUAGCUAACACUAGCUGCCACUGCUUGAUCAUGGACUACGGCAGCGGGAGCACGGGCACGGGCACGACGACGACGACGACGACGACGCAGCAGCAGUAUAGUAGCUGCCGUUCCGUGUCGCCGCCGUCGCGGGUGUCGUCGUGCUCGCCGCCGCCGCCUCCCCCCGCCAUGCAGGUGGUGGGCAACGCGCCGCCGACCCUGGUGCUGAGCCCGUGCGCGGCGUGCAAGAUCCUCCGCCGCCGCUGCGCCGACGGCUGCGUGCUGGCUCCCUACUUCCCGCCGACCGAGCCGGCCAAGUUCACCACCGCGCACCGCGUCUUUGGUGCCAGCAACAUCAUCAAGCUCCUCCAGGACCUGCCGGAGAGCUCGCGCGCGGACGCGGUGAGCAGCAUGGUGUACGAGGCGGAGGCGCGGCUGCGGGACCCCGUGUACGGGUGCGCGGGGGCGGUGUGCCGGCUGCAGAAGCAGGCCAACGAGCUCAAGGUGCAGCUGGCGCGGGCGCAGGCGGACCUGCUCAACGCGCAGGCGCAGCACGCCAACCUGCUCGCUCUCGUCUGCAUCGAGAUGGCGAACCGCCGGGACAGCAACCACCACCAGCAGCAGCACCAGCCCCCGUCGCCGCCGCUGAUGGACGGCGGCGGCGGCGGCGGCGGCGGCGGCUGCAGCGACUUCGGCGCGGCGGCGUACCAGGCGUUUUACGACUCGGACAUGGACUCGGCGACGUGGCCGGAUCACGAAGCCCAGCUCUGGACCUGAUCAGCAGCUGAUCUUAGCUAGUAGCACCAGUGGUACACAUACAGACACAAGUACUUGGACAACACAUAGCACCAUACGUGCUAGUAGCUGCAACCGUGCAGGAACAGUAACGUUUCUGGUUGCUUGCUGGCUGCGGCAAGACGCUGUAGCCGGCCGUAAUUAUGGCUGUACAACUAUUACAGUAUUACUUCGUCAAUACGAUUAGUUUGAUAUUGAGUCCA